AACUGCUCACCCCCAAGACGACAAGCCGAUUCCACCCAGACGAACCUCUCGCCACAUGGCGCCAAUUCGGUGUAAAUAAGACGUGAUCUCCUUGGCGGGGCCAGCUCUGCGACAGACAUAAAGUCUUCUGGCAGCCUUCUAGUUUCGUAGUUCUUUCGGAUCGUCUUCCGUUCUCCAGUCUUCCGUCUCCAUCUGGUGUCUUUUCCUGGUGUCUGAUCGUUUACAUCCACGACGACAGGAUCAGUUCACCAUCAUCACAUCGUCAAGAUGUCCAAGCUUUUGAACAAGUUUGGCGCCUCGUCGUCGGCCACUGCCGCCAACGGUGACCACAGCAAGCAUGGCGAUCUCCCUGCAGCGACGACCUACGACAGCGAAGUUGGCCGCAUCGAGCACGCCCGCGAAAACAAGCGAAAAAUUGGUGUCACCACUGCCAUCUUCCUCAUCGUCAACCGUGUCGUCGGCACCGGUAUCUUUGCGACACCCGGUACCAUCUUCGCACUCUCUGGUAGUGUCGGUCUUUCGCUCUUCAUCUGGGUUGCCGGCAUGAUCAUCGCCCUCGCUGGUACCGCCGUCUAUCUCGAAUGGGGAACCGCAAUCCCCAAGAACGGAGGAGAGAAGAACUACCUCGAAUACGUCUUCCGCAAGCCCAAGUUCCUAACCACGGGUCUCUACACCGGAUACGUCAUCCUGCUCGGCUGGGCUAGUGGCAACUCUGUCGUCUUUGGCGAGUACAUUCUGCACGCCGCUGAGGUUGAGGUCGACCGCUGGAAUCAACGCGCCAUCGGCCUGGCUUGUAUCACCACUGCCUUCUUGAUCCACGGUCUCGCCCUCAACUGGGGUCUGCGCCUACAGAACCUGCUCGGAACUAUUAAGCUGUUCAUCAUUGUCAUCAUCAUUCUUUGCGGCUUCAUUGCUCUUGGUGGCCACGUCAAGCUGCCCGAGGAUCAAAAGCCCAAGAACUUCCAAAACGCAUUCGAGGGAACCACCGGCAGCCCCUACGGUGUCGUCACUGCUCUCUAUAACGUCAUCUGGAGUUACAUUGGAUACAGCAACGCCAACUAUGCCCUCAGCGAAACCAAGAACCCCGUCCGUACCCUCAAGAUCGCCGCCCCCGUCGGUAUCAUCACCAUCUCCAUCCUUUACAUGCUGGUCAACGUCGCCUACUUUGCCGCCGUCCCGAGAGAAGAGAUCCUUGAGGGUGGUCGCCUUGUGGCAGCAUCCCUUUUCCGUAAUGUCAUGGGCGGCACUGCCGAACGUGCUCUUUCUGUAUUCGUCGCCCUGUCCGCCUUUGGCAACGUUCUCAGUGUCAUUUUUUCGCAAGGACGUCUCGUCCAGGAGCUUGGCCGCGAGGGUAUCCUGCCUUGGUCCCGCUUCUUCGCCAGCAACAGACCUCUCAACGCCCCCUUGGCCGGUCUCUUUGAGCAUUGGCUGAUUUGCGUCAUCACCAUGCUUGCUCCCCCUCCUGGCGAUGCUUACAACUUCAUCCUCAACCUCAUCAGCUACCCCCUUGCCAUCAUCAAUGUCUUCGUCGCCGGCGGUCUCGCUUACCUCUACCUCAACCGCAAGGAAUGGAACUGGAACCCUCCCAUCAGCGCCAGCCUGCCCGUGGUCAUUUUCUUCAUGCUCAGUAACGUCUACCUCGUCAUCGCACCGUUUGUGCCCCCCGAAGAGGGCCAGAACGUUUACGAGAGCCUUCCCUACUACCUUCACUGCGUCGUCGGUAUCGCCAUCAUCGUGGCCGGUGGUCUCUACUGGGUCGUCUGGGCCAAGAUCCUGCCCAAGAUUGGCAAGUACGAGUUGGUUCGCGAGACUGUUGUCGAUGAGAUUGAUGGCUGGGAGAGGAAUGUGUUCUUCCGCAGACCUUAUGGCGAGUCUGUUCCAUCGGAGCGUCAUGUUGGGUCUCCAGAGCCUGAAGUUGCCAAGUGA